AUUGUACAUGGACUGUCCUCCCCCCAUUGACCUCAGAUAGAAAAAACAAACAAACAGAGUGUAGGUUCAAGCUCAAGGUUGGAAUCGGAGGUUGCCAGUCGAACCGUGGAAUUAACAGGAUCGGUAGGGAGGCUCAGAUCCUGCCCCGAUAUAGCACUGGAAACACCGAUGGACGAGCAGCUGCCAAUGCACGACGUCACAGCGACGUGCUGGCGCUGAGUCCGUGCACCGUUGUCGCCCUCUUAUUCCUCUCGACAUAUUCCACCUCGUCCCUACUCGACAUCGCACUACUCAUUGAAGGCGACGCAGACUCGGAGACAUGUUGGACAGCGUCACAGUCAGCCUGCGGAAGCUCGACCCAAACGUAGUGAUGUACAAGAACAUGGGGAAAUAUCAAAGCUUGAAGUCCUCCUGUUUCUACAGCCACCGCGCCGCGGCCGAGCGUAAUUUUGAGAAAGACAUGAAGGAGAUUUCUGAGCACCUCACGCGCUGGCAAGCUCCUGCCCUGCUCGAUCACAUGUGCUGUGGCGAUCCGGGGCUCAUCCUUGACCUCGCGCUCAGGUAUCUGAGCGGAUGUGGAGUGCGCGUACAGAGCUCCGAGGGUGCUCUCUACGUUCUCGAUGGCUUUUUCGACCCCUCUGAUGAACAUUCGGUUUACGUCGGAGACCGCGCGUCUCAUGAGAUGAUGGCUCAAGCUCAUUCACUCGCCGCGGAGGCCCACUACAGCAAGUUCCUUGUAUCUCGCUCCGACCGCGCAGCCAUCGAAGCGGACGAGAAGCGUUUCGCCCGCCCAGAGGCCAUGCGCAUGGGCACCGGCCUGUCCCCCCUUGCGUACUUCAUGCUCGCGGCACAGCACGCCGACGACAGCGUCAACCUCGGACUGGUCUCCCCUGUCGUGCUCGUGAUUGGCUUCAAGCUCCACGAUAUCGCCGAGACGCUGGGAGUGGACGUCCAGAAGCGCUACGGCUCGCUGUGGCGCGCCGCCGCACGACGUCUCGAAGAAGUAUACGCAGAGGAACGGAAGCGCCAGCGCAAGAUCGACAAGCACCCGAACGCGUACGUGUGUGCCGCGGAGGGGUGCGGUCUUCGCGGGGCGAGGAAGGCUGUGCUGCGGGCUUGCGGGGGACGCUGCCCACCGGACCUCAAGCCGUCGUAUUGCAGCCCGGAAUGUCAGAGGAAGGACUGGCCGAAUCACAAGGCCAUAUGUAAGCCCGGCUCGGGUAGGAAGGGUCCCAAGAUCUCAGAAGAGGAUAAGGCGGAGGCGCUCGCGCUCUUCAGGAUCGGCGACCCAAAAACUGGCGAUGCGCGGAAAGGGAAACAGGAAGAGCCAACUGAAGAGAUUGACACGCACACCGGCGAGGACGGCUCAGACUGGGCUCCUCGUGGCCCGGGGCGUAUCAUUAAUACCCAUAGCCCCGGUGCUCCUAGCGGGCCCAUUCAGAUCACGUCAAGCACCAUGGAUCCCGAAUUCAUGAGGUCGUUCGAAGACGCUGUAUCGAAGACAGUUCUAAAAGCCGAACGAUGAUGGUGUGGCCGGUGCCGAACCAUGUAUCCUAUGAGAAGUUCUUACCUGUGUACAGUAUCCCGAUCAAAUCCAGGUACCGCAGACGCAGCUCAUGGAGGCGGCGGUUUGCAGCCUCUCACUUCGACAAGCAAGUGCAAUGUACCUAUUCACUCCAACAGGGGAUGCUUAGUUGCUUUGCCCGUGGCCAGUCGUCGGACGACGCCGUGCCUGUUUCCGAGUCGGUGUGAGCACAAG